UAUUCCGUUACCAAGGCAUUCUCAAGGCAAACACUAGCUGGUUAGCUAGGCUAGCCGAUCUGCAGGAUAAUCUUGCAUCUGUGGGAAAGCGGGACGUUUGCUCAUUUUGUUCUGUCAAACAAACUUACAGUGAAGUUAACUGCAUUUUGAACCCUUUAUAUCAACAGCGACUUUUAUGCUUUUCGAGGGUGUUGUCUAAACCAAAGAAAUUUGCUCCGUUUCCUCUGGGAUCAGCUCAAGCUAACUUAGUUACGUUAACGUUGCCACACAGCCAUAAUGGCUGACUUUGGGUUUAAUGAACACCAUCAGAAUGAAAUCAUCAACUACAUGCGGUUUGCUCGCUCACAGAGGCUCUUAAGGCUCAAGAUUAUUGACUCAUGUUUUGAGGAACUCAAAGACAGCAGGCUGGUGGAGGAGACCUUCACCGUGGACGAGGUGAAGGAGAUGCUGGACGGCGUGCACGCGGUGGUCCGUGGGGAAGUAGAGAUGGAGCUGAUCAACACAGCCCACACUAAUGUGGUGCUGCUCAGACAGCUUUUCUCUCAGGCUGAGAAAUUUUACCUUCGACUCCAGAGCGAUAUCUCAGAGCUCGAAAACAGGGAGCUGUUAGAGCAGGUGGCUGAAUUUGAGAAGACUGACUUUAAAACUACCAAUAAGACAAACCAGGAAACGCAUAAACCCAAGCUGGCACCGCUGAACGAAGGUGGGGUGUCUGAGCUCCUCAACAAGGAGAUAGCAAGAUUACAAGAGGAGAACGACAAACUGAAAUCCAGGCUGCGGACUUUAGAAUCACAGGCCAUGAGUGUACUAGAUGAGAAAACGAAAGCAGAGAGAGCUUUGAAAGAUCUCCAGAGGACACAAGGAGAUCAACAGCUUUCUGCUCAAACAAAGGAGAUCAGCAGCCUAGAGAAUACAGUAGCAGCCCUGAAGGAGGAUUAUGAAAGAUCGCUUAGUGCCAAUGCUGCAACCAAGAAGGAUCUGCAGGAGAAUUUAAUCACCGCCAAGCAUGAACUUCUGCGAGUGCAGGAGCAGCUGUCCUUGGCAGAGAAGGAGUUGGAGAAGAAGUUCCAGCAAACUGCGGCAUAUCGCAACAUGAAGGAGAUUCUAACUAAGAAGAAUGAACAAAUCAAAGAAAUAAGGAAACGACUGCAGAAGUACGAGCCCGAUGACUGAGUACGCAUUAAUUCAUCAGUAAGACUCCUGCCUGGUUCCAGUGUUGUUUUUAUUUCUGUUUUGUUUCGCUUUUUUCUGCCAUCCUCCAUCCUUUUAUCUUCUAUAAAGCCUGACCGAUCAGUUGGAGAAACUCCUGACUAAAUACACAGAAGAUGUGAUGACAUUGGUGUACUUUUCCCCCUUUCAAUGUCUAAACUUUGAGCUCCUCUGCAGUAGCUGGUAGAUUUCCCUUAGUGCUCUAUGCAAUUUCCAACAUUUUCCUGUUUGAAGGGGCCUUUUACUGAACUGGACAAAAAUAAGCUUUGUAGUCUUACAGUGCCUUGCAAAUGUAUUCAUAGCUCUUUGAAUUUUUCAUAUUGAAUCCUGUUACAAACACAAAGUGUGAGUUUUUUUAUUGGGAAAUGUAAUGGGAUAUAACAACACAUUUUGUAAGUCUUUUUCACUGUGAGGUAUGUGGUAGCAGGUUUCUAUAGAACUUUGUUGGAUUGUCUUUGCAGAAUUAGUAAAGUGCAGUUAUACUGGUUGGAGAAUAUCUUUGCAUUUUGGUUUUCACGUCUUUCUUGCCAGUGCUUCUGUACUGGAUUUUAGCGUUUUGUACUAUUCUGUCAGCUGAAUAUAUUUUUCUUUUUUAUUUCUGGCUGUAUUUUUAGGAAAACACUUUGAUCCCUAACAAAAGAAAAUCACAGAAAGACCAAUCCUUCUCCUCUAAAAGGUUCUUUUUAGACAUUUCCCCUAUAUUUAGCUCCACCUAUUUUUCCUGUUAAGGCAUAUCAGCAGCAUGAUCCUGCCACCACCGUGUUUCAGCAGGGGAAAGGUGUUUUCAUAUUAAUGUACAGUCCACUCCUAUUAUGUUCAACACAUUUUUUUUGUUUGUUUUUAAUGAAGGCAAAAGAUCAAAAUUUGGCCUUCAUUUUCUGUCUGGUAUGCCACGACCACCCUCUUCCACAUGUUUCUUUGCACCACUUUGCUGCCCUGAUCAAUGUAUUCUAAGACUUCUACUUUUGAACAAAGACUCCUAGCUCCCACAUUAGCUAGGGAUCACUACAAUUUUUUAACAGUUACCAUGGCACUAACUGCUUUUCUAAUUAUUUCCCUCCAUCUCUACCCUGUCCGUUUAGGUAAACCCCUAUAUCUUAGCAGGUUUACU